CCGCCGCCCGUUGCCAUGGCAACUGCAUCUACAGGAGGAUUGGCUUCCUCUCACUUCUAUGAUUAUGGUAGUUCCAAGACAUCAGACAGAAGCAAUGGCUCCCUCUACACCUCUCUGUUUUCUGAUGAACUCUAUACAGCACCUCAAGAUUCCUCUUAUUUCACCGGAAAUCUUUCCAGGGAGGACAGUCAUGUUACCCCUUCAGAGAGCACUGAGGGAAUUCAUGCCCAAGGUGGGCUGUUUAGCUCUGAUUCAGGAAUAGAGAUGACCCCAGCAGAAUCCACUGAUGUCAACAAGAUUUUAGCUGAUCCAGUGGAACAGAUGAAAUCGGAAUCCUACAAGUACAUGGACAUCAGUAGAUCAGAAGAGAUUAAAUACCAAGAGAGCUGUGACACAGUCAAGGAAGAUGUGAGUCCUUUCAGCUUGAUUAAUAAAGGCAUGGAGGACAAGAUUGGAGCAAAAGGGACAUCAUUUGGUGAAAAACAUGAGACUAAAGAGGGCUCGUCUUUUCUACUGGACCACCAGUAUAGCCCCUCAGAAACAUCACAAGUCAAGAUUACACUGACAGAGAUAGAAACUAUGGAGGUGCCUGUAUCAAAGGAGAAAACUCCUGAAAAACAAGAAGCUGGUCUCAAACCAAGCCAUGAAAUAGUUCCUACAGUGACAGUAUCUGAGCCAGAAGAUGACAGCCCAGGCUCAAUUACACCACCUUCUUCAGGAACAGAACCAUCUGGUUCUGAGUCUCAAGGUAAGGGCAGCCUUUCUGAAGAUGAACUUAUUAAUGCCAUUAAAGAAGCAAAGGGCUUCCCAUUUAAGCAUCCUGAAGGCCAUGGACCACAAACUGUUGUACCAGAAAAACAAGAUAAGAAAAACAAGUUGACAGAAUUUCCAGCAGGAAGUGCUCCCUUGGAUAAUGAAGCAAGCAGUGCUGAAUCUGGUGAUUCUGAAAUAGAAUUGGUGUCAGAAGACCCCCUAGCUGCCGAAGAAGUUCUCCAUUCCAACUACAUGACCUUCAGUCAUGGUGGAGGUCCUCCACCUUCCCCAGCCUCUCCUUCAAUACAGUAUAGCAUCCUGAGGGAAGAACGUGAAGCUGAACUGGACAGUGAGCUCAUAAUUGAAUCAUGUGAUGCUUCGUCAGCCUCUGAGGAGAGCCCUAAGCGGGAGCAUGACUCUCCCUUAAUGAAACCAAUUAUUAUGGACAUUAUCCAAGAAGAAAAUCACACUAGGAAUGAAGGCACCAGGGCUUCGGAUUACAAUUUAAGUGGCUCCAAGGAAAGCAGAAUGAACAGGGAAAAUCUAGCAGAUUCAGCCUCCUACUUGAAGUGUUCCUUUCCCACAUCUAAAGUGCAUGUUGAUACCAUGUCUUCAUCUACCAUCAGUAGUGAAGAUAUAAAGGACAAAGUAGCUCAGAAGAAAUCAGUUGAAGUGGCAGCGACUGCUUCUGGAAACAAAUCACCAUCCAAGGAUUCAUUGACAAGAAGCCCCUGGCCUUCACCACCACUGCCAUUUUUAAAUAAGCAAAAAGCUAUUGAUCUCUUAUACUGGCGUGACAUCAAGCAAACUGGGAUCAUGUUUGGAAGCAUCCUGCUGUUAUUGUUCUCCCUAACCCAGUUCAGUGUUGUCAGUGUAAUUGCUUACUUGGCAUUAGCAGCUCUCUCGGCCACCAUCAGCUUCAGAAUCUACAAAUCAGUGCUACAGGCUGUGCAAAAAACUGAUGAAGGACACCCAUUCAAAAACUACUUGGAAAUGGAAAUGUCUCUCUCCCAGGAACAGAUUCAAAAAUACACAGACUGCCUCCAAUCCUAUGUGAACAGCACAGUCAAAGAGCUUAGGCGGCUUUUUCUGGUCCAGGAUCUGGUAGAUUCCUUAAAGUUUGCAGUACUAAUGUGGUUGUUGACUUACGUUGGAGCUCUCUUCAAUGGCCUAACUCUCCUGAUAAUGGCUGUGGUUUCAAUGUUUACUCUACCUGUGGUAUAUGACAAGUAUCAGGCACAGAUUGAUCAAUACUUGGGGCUUGUGAGGACCCACAUAAAUACCGUUGUGGCAAAAAUUCAAGCAAAAAUCCCAGGCGCUAAGAGGAAGGCUGAAUAA